CUUCGCCAAUCCCGGAAUAGUUUCUGCAGUUGCUCCAACCUGAGUUUUUCGCGAGACCGCUGCAGGGGCCAAUUUUCAUCCGUUUCUCGCUUAAGGGGGCCUUGCUCGCCCCGCAAAUCCACGCACUUCGUGUCGGUCCGAAGCCAGCGCCUCGUGACUCGUGAAUCCACCGUUUCGAGAUACGAUUAGGUACCGUCGAGACCAAUCGCUGUGAUUACUCGAACGUUUCCUUGGGUGUUCGUUCGUUCAUGCUGGAAGCUGACACGGAGAACUCGAGGAUGGAUGCCGCGGACGUCCUCGGCGACGCCACUUCGGCCAGCGAAGGGAUUGUAAACAACAACAACGAGGACGAUGAGGCGCCCACCGUCGAGGAGACCUACGAGGUUACCACCACCAAACGAAAGACCAUUAGAACCAGCUAUAAGAUCCAAGAAACUUCCGCAUCAACCAAAACAACCACUAUGACGACUGCAGCAAAGUUAUAUGGCAAAGACUUGAGUGAAUAUGACGACGUUGAUGUGGAUGAACUGUUGGCACAACUUACUCCCGAAGAAAUUAACAUGCUGGCCAAGGAAGUGGAUCCUGACGACAGCUUUAUGCCUCCCUCGGAACGUUGUAGCUAUGAAUGCGACAAGAGUCCGACAGGUCCCCUGAACCGCAAGAAACUCAUCGAACACAUCAACAAACAGGCUUUAGAAACACCAGACAUACCAGAGUUGAAACCUUUUGUACCUGGUGUUAUUAGAGGCAAAAAGUGGAUUCCACCUCCUCAAGAAUCGGUAAAGGAAAAGGAAGCAGAUGAACAGAUUGCUAUUGAUCUUGGAGAAGAAUAUGAACAAGCACUGUCCAAUGCUACCCAAGAAGAAAUUAUCGAUCUUGCCGCUAUUCUCGGAUUCCAUUCCAUGAUGAAUCAGGACCAGUAUCAUGCCUCUUUAUUAAAUUCUGGUCAGCCCAUUGGUAUGGGUUGGGAUGGAGUCACGAAAGCUAGUCAACCAAAACCUUACCCAAUGGAACCACCCAAUGAUACAGACAUCGACGCCACUAUCAAACAAGUUCGAGAAGACGAUGCUUCGUUAACCGAAUUAAAUUGGAACAAUAUUAAAAAUAUAUCCGACGAAAAGUUUAUUCUACUAUUCGAAGGAUUGGAGAUGAAUACGCAUCUCGAAUCUUUAAGUUUAACAAACGUGGGACUCACCGAUAAGACUGCGCAAAGGUUGGCGGAAGCCUUAGAGAAAAACUCUACGCUUAGAGUACUCAAUGUCGAAACAAACUUCAUAAGCCCAUCUGUGAUAGUGAGGCUCAUCAGGGCACUCCUCAAAACGAAGUCAAUAGAAGAGUUUCGAUGUUCCAAUCAGAGGUCACAAGUGCUGGGAAACAAAAUUGAAAUGGAGAUUACACAGUUGGUAGAACAAAAUCCAACGUUGCUUCGACUCGGUCUUCACUUGGAAUUCAAUGACGCUAGACAUCGUGUGGCUGCCCACUUGCAACGCAACAUUGAUAGGAUACGGAAAGACCUAACGCUGCGGCUACAGUUCCGAUUCUUUAACAUGAACCACAGGAAACCUGCCUUGAUUCAAUGAAAGUACGGCAGUCCCGGCUCGGGGUGGCGACAUCUUAACGCGAAGUGGCGUUCGCCUAGGUAUUAUUUGUACAUAUAUUAUAUAUUUAUUUACCAUAUGUUAUAUACGUAUCUCUAUAUAUAAUAUUAUAUAUAAGAUAUAUCUUAAAGAAAAAAAAAAACGAAAAAAAAAUAUCACCACUUAUUUUCAUGCAUCGCUCGCGGCGUUCUCGCUAAUGAUUUUACACAAGUAACUUAAUUCAGGAUCGACGAAAACGGACUUAUCGAGGAAGCUUUUUUUUCAUUUUAUGUAUAAUUAUAUGCCUAUUGUCAAAUAUGUGUCAGAAUAAACAUUGUCGUUCUCCGGCGUUUUGUUUCAAUUCCAAAAAAAAACAAACAAACAAA